AUGCUUGCUGCUGUAACGAGACGAGCAUGUGUAGAUGCUCGGACAUAUGUCCGAUUGGCGGCUGGGAGGAAUAUUGUCGGAAGGAGAGCCUAUGCGGUGUCGGCGCCACAGGUCGGGCCUGUCACACCCGUAGAGAAGCUAUUGCUGGACCAAAUAAAGGCGAAUGGCCCUAUAUCCUUCGCAACCUACAUGCAAAUGUGCCUCGCCCACCCCAAUGAAGGAUACUACAUGAACCCCUCCAACCCCAUCUUCGGCGCUCGUGGCGACUUCGUAACAAGUCCCGAGAUCAGCCAGGUCUUCGGUGAACUUGUCAGCGUGUGGUUGCUCUCCCAAUAUGCUCAGGCUGGUGCGCUCGGGAAGAACAUACAACUCAUUGAGCUCGGACCUGGUCGCGGAACGCUCAUGAGCGACGUACUUAGGACAUUAAACCAGGUCAAAGUCACGUCCGGAGUUCGCAAGACCGUCCACCUCGUCGAGAAUAGCACAGGUCUCCGCGACGUACAAGCCAAGACCCUCGACGUGUACUCGAAGUCAAUAUCAUGGCAUGACUCGCUGGACUCUGUGCCCCUAGAUGACGACGCGUACACCAUGCUCAUCGCCCACGAGUUCUUCGACGCUCUCCCCUUCCAUCUGCUCGAGAAAACUGCACAAGGCUGGCAGGAAGUGAUGUUGACGGCCGGGCCAGACCCAGCCGCCAAGACCGUUCUCCGACCCUCCGACGCCCUGUCGACACCACGAGCCGACUUGAGCGUGGACACGACUCUGCCCCAGACACACUCGAACGGGCCGCGCUUUAGACCCGUCUUGUCAUCAGCGCCUUCGCCUAUAUCCUCCUUACUCGGGUCAUCCUCGCCGCGCUUCGCUUCCUUGCCCGUUGGUGCACGCUUGGAGGUAUCUGCUACUGGCUUCAAGAUCGCACGGAAGGUCGGAGAAGUCGUAGGUGGAGACGGACGGAAGGGUGCCGGAUUGAUCGUCGACUACGGCAAAGCACACGCUUCUGGAGACUCUUUCCGCGCCUUCAAAGAGCACAAGAUAGUCGACCCAUUCUACCUCCCCGGCCAAUGCGACCUGACAGUGAACGUCGACUUCGCAUACCUUCGCGAAGCGAUGGCCGGAACAGUGCACGUUCACGGCCCGUUGUCGCAGCGCGACUUCUUGACGCGCAUGGGUCUGGAUAUGCGCGUACAGGCUCUGCAGAGGUCAGCGAAUGCUGGACGGGGCGACGCGAUCAAAAGUGCUGCGGAUAGGCUGGUGGAUCUGACGGGGAUGGGGAAGCAGUAUAUGGUCAUGGGCGUUACCGGGGCUGGGACUGGUGAGAAGGAUGUUGAAGACGUAUACCCGUUCGUCGAGAUGGAUGCCAGUUCUACUGAUCGGCAUGAGGCUACAUAG